AUGGCGCUACAGGACUCAUCACGACAUGGUUCCGUCCUCGAGAUCGGAACUCCGCGGAUGGUCAUCCGCACAGCUGUUCAGUCAGAUGCGGAAAAUUUACUCAAUUUUCUCCAGACGCCCGACAACUUUCCUUUCCAAGAGUCGGAACAGAACCUGACUAUAGAGAGAAUUCGCACCCGCAUCGACAAGUUUGUCGAUUUCACGAAAGAUGGAAAGAACGGCUGGGUUGUCAUCAUCCUCCGUGAGACCAACGAGUUGAUCGGCAAUGGUGGUUACAACACCUUCGAGACCGUGGACCCCACUAGAUUUCUCGCCGGCAAGACCACACUUUCGUCGGGAGAUAGGCGCAUGACGGACCUCGGCAUCAACAUCGAUCACCGACAUUGGCGUCAAGGCUAUGGUCUCGAGAUCCUCGAGGCGUUGAUUGAACAUGCUCGAACCGAACUGGGCUGUGAGGUGUUCAGGAUUGAAACGGGUGAUGACAACCAGCCAUGGAGGUCACUUAUGCGUGCUGCCGGCCUCGGUCAGUUCCAGUCACGCCACAAAGCUAGCUACGAUGCCAAUCAGGAGGUUUGGGCGUGGAAGUUUGACGCAGGUCACUGGGAAAAGUCGAAGAUGAAGCUCAAGGGAGAUGGAAAGUGGCUGGUUUGA